AUGGACCACUUCGGAGGGGUUCUAGGACUGGUAGAUGAGGCAGGUUGGUCCAAAGGAAACAUUCAGGUUGUUGCACCACUCAAUUUUGCCGAUGAGGCACUGUCCGAAAACUACAUGGUCAUUGGAAAAAUGGGUAGACGGGCAUGGUGGCAAUUUGGCAACCUCCUACCUGCCAACGAAAACGCAAGUAUUCAUGCUGUUCUCUCGUUCACACAAUCCAACUUCCUAUUCGCGUACGCCGAAGACACUCUGGAAAUCACGAAGGAUAUUGUAACACACACCAUUGCUGGGAUCAAUUUUGAGUUUAUGCUCACUUUGAGUGCAGAGGCCCCCGCAGAAAUGCACACAUGGGUUGAAAAUUGGGGACUGCUAAAUACCGACGAGAAUGCUGUGAUGUCUGCACACAACUUUUUGACACUCCGUGGAGCGAAGGCAAGAGACCCAGUGAAGUGGACCACUGAGACAAUCGAAAUGCCCAAGUCCAUAGACUCAUAUUUUAAUACACGUGGGCACUACGGUCACCUCAAACACAACUCCAAGGAGGUAUAUCAGUUUUACGUCGGCUGGUGGGAUGGCAAUCCCGCAGGUUUCCAGCAUCUACCCCCGGUGGAGAGAGUAUGGCUGACAUGGGUGGGAUUGAGGCUGUUAUCGAGCGAGGCCAAUGGCAUCACGACAACGGUAACUACCGAUGGUGUGCUGAAAGCGAGAUAUCUGGAGGCUGACUGUCUGGAGCAAAUCGGUUAUGCCGAAGAGAGCGGUAUCCGACGAAACUUCAUGCUCACAGGCACCCAAGAGCUUCGCCACGGCAAGAAAGCGUACCCAGAGCCAGAUUUGGACGAAUCGUUCCUGUUUGAAAUGCCACUCUGGAUGAUGUUGCAAAGCUUAGAAAUCAAAAUCGACCCCACCAUGGCCGAAAAGUCCAAUGGCUUGUCACUGAAUUUGGAGGUAAAGGAUACCAACGAGAUGUUCAACAUCAUCAUAUCACAGGCCGUUCUGAUUUCCCUCCCAGUCGAUGUAUAA